AAGUAUGUACAUAACUGACUUGUAUAUAAGUUAAUGAAGGUAUAUCGUACACAUAUACGUAUACAAGUGUAUGCGUCAAUGUGUCUACACAUACACACUCACACAAUUCCACGAACGUCUGUUGAUUGAUGGACAGUUUACCUAGACGCACACAAAAAUAAACGCAAAAGCAAAGUAACGCACACAUACACACAAACAUGCUGACACACAGACACGAAACUAAUCAAUCAAUCAAUCGACAACAAGCAACGCUCACAGAGUCACACAUCCACCGUCGUCGUCGUCGUCAGUCUGUGAUUGGCGUUGCCACGAGGAGGUCGUCCAAUAAUGUGCAUAUAUAUACAUUCAUUUAUUACGCAUUUACUAAGCUAAACAUUUGCGCAAAACCUGUAACUCUGCUAACUAACAGAGCACUGUUAACGCACACAUAACGUGAAGUUGGCUGCACGCAAUGUCAGGGUUGCUAGAUCGUUUUAUUGCUAAUAAGCGACAGUUUUGGCGCGAGUUUUUGAAACUCUAUCAAGAUAUGCCAGAGCUAUGGGAUGUUCACCAUCCGGAUUAUCGAAACAAGGAAUUAAGGAACGGAUCAUACGAUAUCUUACACAAUAAACUAAGAGAGAUUCAACCGACUGCAACAAAAAGCGAUGUUGGACGCCGCAUCAACAUUUUUCGUACAAACUAUAGACGCGAACAGAUGCGCAUUUGGAAGCAGCAAGAUUUGGGACUACAUCCAGACUUAUGCAAGCCCACAUUAUGGUUCUACGAUAAUAUGAGUUUUCUACUGACGCAGGAGUCCUUUCAGCACAGAGCACGCAAGAUGCGUUGUAAGCCGUAUAUCAAACCACAGUCAAUGUCAGAUUUGAAAUUUAAUUACAUGAUGGAUCCAUUAGACACCGGUGCAAUGACUUCCUUACCCAAGCUACAAAAUGUGUGCCCUGAACCUUCGCCAGUCGAGUAUAGCGAGAGCUUGCUGCUCAGCCCGAAGAUUGAGAUAUUUGAAAAUGAUUUGGAUGCUAUGCAAACCGAGCCAAUGGCAUCGAAUGAUGUCGUCAAAGUGGAUAAUGCCGAAACAAGCACUUCAGACUUAAACGAACCAGCGUGCUCCACCGCAACCACAUUGACUGUAUUAAAGGGCUCCACAUCGCAGAAGUCAAACAUUUCGUUAAGUGAUGCCUCCGAAACAUUAGCCAAAUCCUGGGCUAUCCAAUACGAAGAGAUGGCCCCCACCCAGCGUAUCCUGGCGCGCAAGGCCAUUGCCGACAUACUAUUCGAGGGCUGCAUGGGCAAUCUGCGCAUCAAUCGCAAUGAGCGAACCACUGUGGAUAACUAUGUGUAAACGUGCAUAGCUGAGACUCUUCGUUAGUUAAGCUUCUAAUUGUAAAAGAGCUACAAGUCUCUAUUUAAAUCUUGCCCAUCUACAAGAUCUAUAAAUGUGUAUAUAUAUAUGUAUAUCAAGACAUUUUCUAAGCCAAAGAACUUAUUUGAGCUGUCAUCAACUAUGUUUCAGAUGUCACUUCCUACCAUUUCCU